CUGGAUGUCUGAAGGAACAUGGCCCGACAGGUUUGUUAUGAAGAUAGGAAGUAUAUAACGCAGAGAAACAGACCUGGACUAGGAGAUACAGACACUAGCAACGAGAGAAACAGACACACCUGGACUGGGAGAUCCAGACACACCUGGACUGGGACGCUUCUGACCUGGGAAAAUUAGAAAUCAAUCAACUUCAGUGACAUUGUGUACUUCCGGGGACCUGUAUGACAUUACCAUGACAACCCUGUUAUGACCGUAACAGGGUCAGAAAUGGCCAAUGAGAUGCUGCCCUGCUCCAAGACAGGGCUGCAGUGUCCAUGCUGUACAAAUUGACCAGGUGAGAUUGAGAGGGAGGUGUCUCCAUGGUGAUGUGGCUUCAGUGUUCCAUCUGUCUCUGGAUCUUCCUCUGGCCUUCAGCAGGUAGUGUCUCUCCCCCUCAGAAUGUGACUGUAGAGUUUCUGGACUUCCAAGGGAGAGUCCACUGGCUGGCCGGAGCUGGCAACACCAACCAUACCCACUACUCUGUAGAGAUGCUAGCACUCGGUGAGUCAUGGUGGCAACCCUGUAACUGCAGCAACCCGGUUGCCAUGGCGUGCCCCCUGGACAUUCCGCUGGAGGACCUUUUAAAGAAUUACAACGUCAGAGUGAGGGCGGAGCUGGAAGAGCAGACGUCAGACUGGAAAUACCUGGAGAACACAGUACAGCCCUACUCAGACACAGUAUUGAGUGCCCCAGGUCUGGAGUUGUGGGUGGAGAACCAGAGUCUAUGUGUCGAGCUUCACCAUCCUGCUCAGAACAUCUUCAAAUUUUACAACAUCACACUGCUGAUGAAUGUUCAGGAACACAACGUCACGGUUAUGUCAGACAUUGAGUCGGGCUCAAAGAGAGUGUUCUCCCAUCUCAGUCCAGACCACACCUUCUGCCUCUUGGCCUCAGCCAAUCACUACAGCCUACGCCGUCACAUGACUGCUCAGGGGUGUGUUAAGCUGACGAGACACAGGCCAGAUACACAAGGUCAGCAGAGAGUGGUGGGCAUGGCUGUGGGCGUGUUCCUGCUUCUGGCUGUUCUGAUUGGUCUGAUCGCUGUGACACGCUAUGUCCUGAAGAGCACAGACCCCACCCCCACAGCUCUGGGUGUGUGUGUGCGUUCAGCAGGGUGCAUGGUGACUCCGGAACAGGUGGUGUGUCACCCAGUGAUGUGUGGGACUGCCACCUCUGGUUACCUGAGAGCUGUCAUGACUUUUCACCUUGACAUCCGCCUGGAGACAGAGACUCUCCUUCCCUGUUCCCUUGACAACCACCUGGAGACAGAGACUCUCCUACCCUGUUCCCUUGGCGACCACCUGGAGACAGAGACCCUCCUACCCUGUUCCCUUGACAACCACCUGGAGACAGAGACUCUCCUAGCCUGUUCACUUGACGACCACCUGGAGACAGAGACCCUCCUACCCUGUACCCUUGACGACCACCUGGAGACAGAGACCCUCCUGCCCUGUUCCCUACAUACAGAUAUAGGAUCAGCUUCCCCUCUCACAGUCUUUACCUUAACCAUGAGUGGAGGAAAUACAAAAUGGACCCAAGAUCAGCGUCUAGGGGCAACUUCACCUCACACCCUACUAUCCCUGUCUACCUCUCCCUCUCCCUUGUCUUCCUCGUCUCUCUCCCCCUCUCUCUCCUCUCCCUCCUCCACUCUCUCCUCUGGCUAUGCUCUGGCCUGGGACAGUGUAUCCAACCAGAGCGACACAGAGACACACACAGACAGAACUACUGACAGAACUACUGACAUAACCACUGACGUAACUGCUGACAGAACGGCAGACGGAACAACUGACAGAUGGGACAGGAGGUCCCAGCAGUCUCAGGAUAGACUAUCUGACUGUAAACUGUAUUCUCCCGAGUUAGAGGUCAGGGGUCAGGGGUCGUGCUUAGAUGUGCAUUCUCCCGGAGCUAGUCUAUGCUCCUUCAGUACAUAUGAACCUCGUCCUGACCCAACCCUCAACCUACCCUGACCUCUAACCCCUGACUCCUAACUAUGUAUGGGUAAGGAUGGCAGGGCUACUUGUAUUUCUGAUGCACAUAUUUACCUGUUUAUUUUGAGUUGAUUGUUUUAGUCCUGCCUGUCUUUCCCACCAAGGACCAAUUGGUGUUGGGGCCCAAAUCUUACCUUUAUGAUUGACUAAUAAAGGCACACACCCUGCACACACCCAGAACUUGUCCUUUGGAAUGAGCAUGGGAACCCCUGUCCUCGGUCUGACGUGGCAGUCACUACAGUUGGAAAUAAGUGUUGUUGCUGUCAUGUGUUUUUGUACUCUGUUGUCGGUUCUCUGUACAAUGUUUUUAUUCAAAAUAAACCAAUCAGAUGUUCUCUACAAUGUUUCUAUUAAAAAAUAAACCAAUCAGA